UUUUCUUGCUCUGAGUGUGGGAAAUGUUUUGCCCAGAAAUCACAACUUGUUAGACAUCAGCUAAGUCACACAGGUGAGAGGCCAUUUCCAUGUUCUGAGUGUGGGAAAUGUUUUGCCCUGAAAUCAGAUCUUGUUAAACAUCAGAGAAGUCACACAGGUGAGAAGCCAUAUUCUUGCUCUGAGUGUGGGAAAUGUUUUACACAGAACUCAUAUCUUGUUAUACAUCACAGAAGUCACACAGGUGAGAAGCCAUUUCCAUGUUCUGAGUGUGGGAAAUGUUUUGGCCGGAAAUCACAACUUGUUAGACAUCAGAGAACUCACACAGGUGAGAGGCCAUUUCCAUGUUCUGACUGUGGAAAAUGUUUUACUUGGAGAUCAAGUCUUGUUACACAUCAGCAAAGUCACACAGGUGAGAAGCCAUUUCCAUGUUCUGAGUGUGGGAAAUGUUUUGCCCGGAAAUCACAUCUUGUUAUACAUCAGAGAAGUCACACAGGGGAGAAGCCAUUUCCAUGUUCUGAGUGUGGGAAAUGUUUUGCAGGCAAACCAGAGCUUGUUAGACAUCAGAGAAGUCACACAGGUGAGAAGCCAUUUCCAUGUUCUGAGUGUGGGAAAUGUUUUGCAGACAAACCAGAGCUUGUUAGACAUCAGAGAAGUCACACAGGUGAGAAGCCAUUUUCUUGCUCUGAGUGUGAGAAAUGUUUUUCACAGAAAUCACAUCUUGUUGAUCAUCAGCGAAGUCACACAGGUGAGAAGCCAUUUCCAUGUCCUGAGUGUGGGAAAUGUUUUGCAGACAAAUUACAUCUUGUUAGACAUCAGAGAAGUCACACAGGUGAGAAGCCAUUUUCUUGCUCUGAGUGUGGGAAAUGUUUUGCCCAGAAAUCACAACUUGUUAGACAUCAGCUAAGUCACACAGGUGAGAGGCCAUUUCCAUGUUCUGAGUGUGGGAAAUGUUUUGCCCUGAAAUCAGAUCUUGUUAAACAUCAGAGAAGUCACACAGGUGAGAAGCCAUAUUCUUGCUCUGAGUGUGGGAAAUGUUUUACACAGAACUCAUAUCUUGUUAUACAUCACAGAAGUCACACAGGUGAGAAGCCAUUUCCAUGUUCUGAGUGUGGGAAAUGUUUUGCGGACAAAUUACAUCUUGUUAUACAUCAGAGAAGUCACACAGGUGAGAAGCCAUUUUCUUGCUCUGAGUGUGGGAAAUGUUUUGACCGGAAAUCACAACUUGUUAGACAUCAGCUAAGUCACACAGGUGAGAGGCCAUUUCCAUGUUCUGAGUGUGGGAAAUGUUUUGCCCUGAAAUCAGAUCUUGUUAAACAUCAGAGAAGUCACACAGGUGAGAAGCCAUAUUCUUGCUCUGAGUGUGGGAAAUGUUUUACACAGAACUCAUAUCUUGUUAUACAUCACAGAAGUCACACAGGUGAGAAGCCAUUUCCAUGUUCUGAGUGUGGGAAAUGUUUUAGACAGAAAUCAUAUCUUGUUACACACCAGAGAAAUCACACAGGUGAGAAGCCAUUUUAAUCUUCUGGAGUAUACUUAUUAUUGCCAUGCGUUGUUCUUCAAGGUUCUUAUCCUAUGUCCUGUGCUUUUUGCA